AUGGCCAUGAGCAGCUCCUCCGGCCAGUACUACUCUCCAUGGCGCGGCGGCGCAACGACGACAACGCUGCUCCUGGCACUAGCCGCCGGCGGCCUCCUGCUACCGAUGACACUGGCACGAGGGUCCUCGGGUGAAGACGACCGGAUUCUGGGCCUGCCAGGGCAGCCGAACGACGUGGCGUUCGACAUGUACGGGGGCUACGUCACCGUCGACGAGCAAGCUGGCCGCGCGCUCUACUACUGGUUGCAAGAGGCCGACAAGACGGCGGUCGAGGACCCGGACACCGCGCCGCUCCUCCUCUGGCUCAACGGCGGGCCGGGCUGCUCCUCCAUCGGCUCCGGCGCGCUGGAGGAGCUCGGCGCGUUCUGCGUCCACGAAGACGGCGAGAGGCUGCUGCUGAACGAGUACGCGUGGAACAGAGGUAUGAACUGGGUCACAAAGCAAACCUGUCGAGAUGUGCAGUGA